CGCGUUCUACCAUGUUAGUUCUCUUUUCAGCGUUUCUUUGGCCGCAAAUAUGGCAGACAGGAAUAAAACAGAGAGCUCGUCGAUCACUGCCGGGACACCGUUGGAAUCGCCUUCUGGUGGCUGAGCUGCCAAGUUGAGGCGGUAGCAGGGGACCCGAUGUUUGUUGUCCAAAAAAGGGGAUUGUAACAGGGUUCUCCAGAAACAGGCGCAAGUUUGAAAAUCUAUAGCUUUUCAACGCCCAGUUCAAAAAUUCUGAAAAUUGUUGGAGUUGAGGCUCAAAAGCUGACGAUUCAGACGGGUCCUUCCUCGACCCUUGACGUCGCCUGAUAUUGCCGGCUGAUUUCGUGGCAGGGUUCAGGCGGUUGUUUCCUCUGUUCUGCUUGUUUUGAAAAAAACACGGGUACUUGUAAAAUUGGUAUCUUUUCACAGGAUCGCUUAAAAAUCGUGCAAAUGGGUUCAAAAAAUAAUAGACACGUUCCAGAAUCCAAUGCUGCCUUGAUCACCCUCUGAUUCGCCUCCAAACAAAUUCGUGCCUCAGAGAAAGUCACGCCUGGAUAUGGCUUGUCUCUCUGGCGGAAGAAGAAAAGAGAACACAGCAGGGAAGACGGCCGGAAAUCUGUAGAUUCCGGCCCACUCAGGCGUCGUUUCCGGUCGAGCUUGGGCUCGUUGGAACCGGAACGAAGGGAGGGUGCUGCCUGAGCACUAUGGAGACCAACGGUGGCUGACGCCGGUGGUGGUGAAUCAGAGAAACAGGGGCGCCGGAAUUUCUAUGGCAGAAAGGGGAACGACAGAAAAGAAAAAAGGCAAGGUUUCUGCUGCGCAAUCCUGAUUACUUGUGGACGAUCAGGAUGGAGCAGAUGUUGCCCGUGCUUGUCCUGGUCGACUUCAACGUAGCUCUGAUACCAUGAUAAAAUGAGAGGAACAGGACGACGAAGGGGCAGAGAAGAGUGCUCUCUAGAGAAUAUUGGUGAAUUUGUUAGACAGCAUUCUAUCUUCAGACAUUAAGUCUUGGAGCAGUAAGGAUGGCUUAUCGUUUUUCUUACAGAUGUGCAUCUCUCCUUUUCAGUAAGAUUGGCGGGAAGCUAUCACAUUUUCAGCGGUUUGAAUCCGGGGCUGCUUUAAACAAUUUACUUGGCAGAGGAUUGACAGGAGUACCUAUUGGAGCAUUGCGAUUUUAUGCUCGUGGGCGUGUGCAGACUCCCUAUAACCUCUUUGGCAAAAGCGAACCUGGAAAUGGAAGACAGGAAAAACAUCAGGACAAACAUGCCAAGAAAAGAACUUCAUUCUGGACAGAAAGUAGUGAUGAUGAUGAAAGUGAUGACACAGAUGCAAGCUAUGGCGAUAUGAAUGAAGAGAUCAAAAAGCUAAAAGACAAGGCAGAGAAAGAAGCAGAGCUUAUUGAUGCUGAUGAUAGUGAUGAAUUAAGGAGUGUGUGGUCCGGAAGCGAUGAAGAAAAAACGUUGUGGACAGGUAGUGAAUGUGAUGAUGAUGAUGAUAUUCCAACUGAGGCCCGUCCAAAUGAACGCAGCGAUGAGUAUAUAGACAAAUUGUUUGAGUUUGAUGAAAAACCAAAAUAUAGGACACUUUCAGAAGCAUUAAAGGCAGAGCAAGAACCAGAAGAACUCUCUCCAGGAAAACAAGCCCGAAAAUUGGCUGUUGAAAAUGCUCUGAAGAAAUUGAAAAAAGGGCCAGAUGGGCGAUAUAUCAAUGUAUGGGAGGUCAUGAGUGACAUAGAUAUCCUAAUUGGAGCUUUUGAGAACAUUGUCUCAGGACCUGAAUAUGCAGAACUGAGGGAAGGGGGGCCCAAGAAGUUGAACAUACAGUUUUUCAAGGACAUACAGGCAAGGAUGCGAGAUCCAAACUUCCAGUUUUCACCAGAGCUAAAGUUAAAGCCAAAGAGCAGAUUGGUUCCAAAGAAAAAGUGGCAAAAAGCCGAGUCCAAAAGGAGGAAAUUUAACAAGCGUUAAGUUAUGCUUGAUGAGUACAACAUUUUCCUUCCCAAUCUAAUCCAUCCUUGAAGCUUUGGUAUCUGAAGAAUCCUCUCUGAUGCAAAGUUCUGGCGUACCGAAGUUGCCUGUUCACCAGCUUUGAGCAAUGCUUUUGAAGCCUGUCCACUUUUCCAAGGAGUUCUAAUAUACUUCUGGAAAACAGAUCAGUCAAUAUGGCCAUGGUUUUUAGUUCUCAAACUACAAGCAUGUAUAGUAUGUCCCAGGGUGGUGGAAACUUGCACAAAACGUGGAUAUUGGUGCAAGAAAUUGAUGAUAAAUUUGUCUGAAGUAUGCAGUAUCCACAGUGUCGGCUGGUGCAGGAUUUCUAAUGUGGCUUUAUGAGAUUCUAUGGCUCUCUUGGAGGAGGGGGGGAUGUCUCCAAUCUUACCAACCCCGCUUGUGUUGAGUUUGCAUCUGCUUGAGAAAAUAGGUGAAUUUUGUUCUAAUGCACUGUUAAACAUGAUUCUUUUUUUUGGUAGUAGGUCCUUUAGAUGAUCUACAUGUCAUUUGAUCAUUUUUGCCUUUAUUUAUUUUAUUCGGUUUUAUGUCA